GUCUAUCGGGAGCGAUUGCAGUGGUGAAACGAUAUUUGACUAAAGAUAUUUCUAAACAACUUCAGACCAUUCUCUAACGUUUAUUGUAUAUAUGGAGUAUGUAUGGCAUGAUUUGACCGUAGGUGUACAGCCUUUUUCGUGAUCAGAGUACAAAAGGAUCUGCAUACAGAUAUCAUCCGUAUGAUAGAAAGGACGAUUGAAAACGUAAUAAAAUUUAAUAAAUUAAGAAAUUCGGAACGAAAAAAAAUACUUAUUGUAUAAAAGAAAGUUGUUCCUCGAAAUCAGUGGAAGAUGCAGGAAUCUCAACCGAAAAAAGGGAAAAAGGCAAGAAGAAAGCGUAAUGAUAGCGACGAAGACAUAGAGAAAGUUUUGGCAGAAUUAGAAUUGGAAUAUUCUGGACAGAAAGCACCUGUCAAAGAUGUUAAAGAUAUAAAGGAUGUUAAAGAAAUUAAAGAUAAUAAAGAAGUGAAAGAUGAAUCGGAACAAAAAGUCGACGAGGAUAAAAAGAAGAAAGCAAAGAAGGAUAAGAAAAAGGAUAAAGGUGAAAAUAAGGAUGUAAAGGAAGAUUCGAAAAACGACGUUAAUAAUGAAGCGGCUGUCGACGACGCAAGCGUUACCGCCGAUGACGAUAUGGAAGGUGGUACCGUAAAAACUGCAGCUCAAAAAAAGAAAGAAAAGAAGGAACGAGAGAAGCAAAAGAAAUUGGCUCUAAAAAAAGCAGAGGCUACCAAAAAAGCUGAGAGCGGUGAAGUAACGAAAAAACCUGAAAGUAACGAAAAGCUAAAUGAGAAAAAUGUGGAAGAGAAAGUACCUAAUACUGCGGAAGCCGAGGGAGAUGCGGGUGAAGCUGAGGAAGGAAAGAAGAAGAAGAAGAAAGGUGCUAAAGAGGAAGCUAAAGAAAAAGCUAAAGGACCGGGUAAGAAGACCAUCGCUGCUAUGCAAGAGGCUUUAAGAAAAUUAAAGGAGGAGGAAGAACGAUUAAAACGAGAGGAGGAAGAAAGGAUAAGGCAAGAAGAAUUACGGGAGAAAGCUAGAUUAGAACAACUUCAAUUGGAACAAGAACGGAAGGAAAGAAAAAAAUUGAAGGAAAAGCAAAGGAAAGAAAGAUUGAAAGCCGAAGGAAAACUUUUAACUACAAAGCAGAAACAAGAUAGAGCUAGAGCUCAAGCCAUGAUCGAUGCUCUUAAAGCUCAGGGUUUAGAUUUGCCUGAUGUGGGAGAUAAGAAACCUAGGGCAGGAACGAGAGUAAGACAACAAAAUAAGAUAAAACAACAAGUGAGCGUGGAAGAAAAAGAUGAUAAGAAAUCGGAAGAUACCGAAACGGAUACGGAUCGAGUUCAAGUUGAAAUAGUUGAUCAAACGCCAAAGGAUGUAAGCGAGAAAAAGGAAGAGGAGGUAAAGGACUCGUGGGAUGCUGAAAGUAGCGGCGACGAACAGGAAGAGGAAGAUAAGUCGGACGAAGCGUCGAAAACGCCCGAGGAAACCAAGGAAACGAUUUUAUCCGAUCAUCAAGAUAAGUCGCAAUUGGAAGCGGACUUGGAGAAGAAAGAAACGUCAGAAAGCGAGUCCGAAAGUGAAAGCGAGAGUGAAUCGGAAUCCGAAGAUGAGAGCGAGGAAGAUAGUGGAUUGGAAGAUAAGGUACCGGAUGCCGCACGUAAGAAGGAACGUGCGCAAGAACGUAUACAAAAUCGUCGAAUCGAAGCAGAGAAAAAAAAAUCGUUAGAUAAUUUAAGAGCAGCUGUUGUUUGUGUUUUGGGUCAUGUAGAUACAGGAAAAACAAAGAUUCUCGAUAAAUUAAGAAGAACCAACGUGCAAGAUGGCGAAGCAGGUGGUAUUACUCAACAAAUCGGUGCUACCAAUGUACCCAUUGAUGCUAUACAAGAGUCAACGAAACAUGUGAAGGGUUUCGCUGAUAAGAUAUUUAAGAUACCGGGACUUUUAAUAAUAGAUACGCCUGGUCACGAAUCCUUCAGUAAUCUUAGGAGUCGAGGAUCUUCUCUUUGCGAUAUAGCAAUUCUAGUGGUGGACAUUAUGCAUGGCUUGGAACCACAAACGAUCGAAAGUAUAAAUUUAUUGAAAGCUAAGAAGUGUCCGUUCGUUGUUGCUCUUAAUAAGAUCGACAGGUUGUACGAUUGGCAAACGAUGAAUCGAAAGGAUGUUCAGGAUAUUAUAAAAAGUCAAGCUAUUAAUACGCAACGGGAAUUUGAGAAACGUUCGAAGGACGUUAUAGUGCAAUUUGCCGAGCAGGGCCUAAACGCAGCGUUGUUUUAUGAAAAUCCGGAUCCACGUAGUUACGUGUCUUUAGUUCCUACGAGUGCCAUAACAGGUGAGGGCAUGGGAAAUUUGCUAGCAUUAAUAGUCGAUGCUUCCCAGGGCCCGUUAGCUAAGAGACUAAUGUACAGCGAAGAGCUUCAAGCUACUGUACUAGAGGUUAAAGCAUUACCUGGCUUAGGAACUACGAUAGAUUGUAUUCUAGUCAAUGGUAUGUUGAAGGAAGGUGAUACGAUGAUAGUCGCGGGAACUGAUGGACCUAUAGUUACACAAAUUCGUUCCCUUCUUAUGCCGCAACCGUUAAAAGAAUUAAGAGUAAAGAAUGCAUAUAUCGAGCAUCGCGAAGUCAUGGCCGCGCAAGGUGUUAAGAUCGCUGCGAAGGAUUUAGAAAAAGCUAUUGCAGGAUUGAAUCUUCAAGUCGCUCAAAAACCAGACGAAGUCGAUGUCCUUAAAGAAGAAAUAUCGAAAGAACUCAGCAGUGCUCUUGGAAAUAUACGACUUGCCGAAAGAGGUGUAUACGUCCAAGCAUCAACAUUGGGUGCAUUAGAAGCUUUGUUAGAUUUCCUUAGAAGCAGCAAAAUUCCGUAUUCCGGUAUACGAAUUGGACCGGUCGUGAAGAAGGAUGUGAUGAAGGCCUCGAUUAUGCUUGAACACGACAGUCAAUAUGCCACAAUUCUGGCGUUUGAUGUAAAGAUAGAGAGGGACGCACAAGAACUUGCCGACUCGUUGGGAGUUAAGAUUUUCCAAGCCGACAUCAUCUACCACCUGUUCGACAAGUUUACAUCCUACAGGGAGGAACUGAAACAACGCAAGCGAGACGAGAAUAAACACAUUGCCGUUUUUCCUUGCAAACUACGUGUCUUACCGCAGUAUAUCUUCAAUUCAAGAGAUCCUAUAGUGAUGGGCGUUAUGGUUGAAGCCGGUAUCAUUAAGGAAGGAACGCCGCUCUGCGUGCCAAGUAAAGAUUUCGUCGAGUUGGGUAUUGUAUCAAGUAUAGAAUACAAUCACAAGUCGGUGGAAUCGGCUCGUAAAGGACAAGAGGUUUGUAUCAAGAUCGAACCGAUACCAGGUGAGGCACCGAAAAUGUUUGGCCGCCAUUUCGACGAGAAGGAUUUCGUCGUUAGCAAGAUAAGCCGACAAAGUAUAGACGCCUGCAAGGAUUAUUUCAGGGACGACUUGUUGAAAACCGAUUGGCAAUUAAUGGUAGAACUGAAGAAACUCUUCCAAAUACUCUAGGACUCGCAAGAAGUUCGCGAUGAUCCUCGCGCGCGAACAUACCAAAAUACCGUGGGCCGGAUUCUUAGGGACAACGAGGCAAUAUCGAACACAGUGGUAUUAUAUUAUACGACGAUUAAAGCGGGAUAGUAUAGCACGCUAGACGAUAACAUCUUCGUCCUCAGGAAGAUAAAAGGAAAAAAAGAAGAAGAAAGAAGAAAAAGAAGAAGAAGGAGAAGAAGAUGAUGAUGAAGAAGAGGAAGAAUAAAGAUAAUGAUAAUAACGAUAACAAUGAUAAUAAUGAUAAUAAUAAUAAUAAUCCUCAUCGACGACGACGUCCCGACGACGAUUUCGAGUACAUUCGUUCGUUCGUUCUUUCGUUCGUUUUUUAGGGAAAAAAAAAAAAGGACAAGAAAGAUGUCUCGCUUUGAAAUGCCGAAACUUCCUCUAGAUAUAAAAAUUCGAGAGACGAAGUGAUUAACGAAAAGGAAAAGGAAAGAAAGAAAAAAAAGAGAGAGAGA